GUGACCGCACGCAAUGCCGAGCGCCGAUGACGAUGCUGCGCACGUCCUGCGCAUCGGCGGCAUGACCUGCGGCCACUGCGUCGGCGCCGUGACGUCGGCGCUCGAGGGCGUCGCCGGCGUCGCCCGCGCCGACGUCGACCUCGAGCGCGGGCUCGCGACCGUCGCGGCGGCGCCCGGCGCGUCGCUGGCGCUGGCGGACCUCGUCGACGCCGUCGAGGCGUCGGGCUUCGACGCGAGCGACGCCGCGGGCGGCGGCGGCGCGGCGACGACGCAGACGCUCGCCGUCGAGGGCAUGUCGUGCGGCCAGUGCGAGACGUGGGUCCGCGAGGCGCUCGAGGCCGUCGACGGCGUCGAGGCCGUCGACGUGUCGGUGCAGGACGGCACGGCGGCCGUCGCCGGCGCCGCGGACCCGGCCGCGCUCGCCGGGGCCGUCCGCGCGGCCGGCUACCAUUUGGCGGGCGACGCGCCGGAGAAGGGCGCCGCCGCCGCGCGCGAAGAAGCCGUCGCGGCGACACCAAAGGACGGCGACGACGCGACCUGGAGCGUCGUCGAGCUGCGCGUCGAGGGCAUGACCUGCGCGGCGUGCGCGUCGCGCGUCGCCAAGGCGCUCCGGUCGCUCGGCGUCGACGACAUCUCCGUGAACUGCGUCACGGACGUCGCGACGUUCCGCGCCCUCGGCGCGUCGCCGGCGCUCGUGACACGCGCCGUCGCCGCCGUGAAGCAGGCGGGCUACGCGUCGUCGCCGGACACGGCGCGCGUCGAGGCCGAGGGCGAGAAGGCGGCGAGCGACGACCCGCACGUCGCGAAGACGACGCUCGCGACCAAGGGCAUGAUCUGCCCGAGCUGCCCGCCGCGCAUCCAGCGGGCGCUGAAGCGGCUCGACGGCGUGCGGGACGUCACCGUGUUCCUCGUCCUCGACGCCGUCGAGGUGCUCUACGACGCGCGCAUCGUCGGACCGCGGCUUCUGGCGCACCGCCUGUCGCAGCUCGGCUACGACGCGAGCGUUCAAGCCGACGACGAUGGUGUGGACGUCGCCGGCGAGGAGCGCGCGCGGAAGCUGGCGCGCGUCGCCGAGGUCCGCGCGUUCCGGCGGCGCGCGGCCGUCGCGUUCGCGCUCGCGGCGCCGGUCUUCGUGGUCAUGAUGCUCGUGAUCCCCUACGGCGCGCGCGACGCCGUGCUCGCGCUCCAGUCCAACGCGCUCGCGGGGCGGAGCCGCUACCUCGCCGUCGAGGCGCUCGGGUCGCUGCUGCUCGCGACGCCCGUGCAGUUCGUCCUCGGCUUCCGGUUCUACGUCGGCGCGUUCAACAGCCUGCGCUACGGCACGGCGAACAUGGACGUGCUCGUGGCGCUGGGCACGUCGGCGGCCUACUUCUACUCGAUCUACGUGCUCUACGAGGUCUCGGGGAACCGGCCGUGCUGCCGCAAGUUCCGACAGUGCAGCGACGGCGGCGGCGGCCACGGCCACCACGGGUCCCACGCGGACGACGCGGACUGCGUCUCGGGCCACCACUUCUUCGAGACGUCGUCGGUGUUGAUCGCCUUUGUUUUGCUGGGGAAGUUCAUGGAGGCCAAGGCCAAGGGCCGGACGUCCGAGGCGCUCCAGGCGCUGCUGAGCCUCCAGCCGAAGAUGGCGACGGAGGUCGUCGACGCGGGCAGUCUGAGUCGAGGCGACGUCGUCAAGAUCAAGCCCGGCGAGGCCGUGCCCGCGGACGGCGCCGUCGUCAGCGGCGAGUCGAACUGCGACGAGAGCAUGCUCACGGGCGAGUCCAUGCCCGUGGAGAAGCGGCCCGCCGACGACGACAAGGAGGCCGCGGGCAAGGUCUACGGCGGCACGAUCAACGCCGGGCCGGGCGUUUUAUUUGCGAGAGUUACCGCAGUGGGCACGGAGUCGCUCCUCGCGUCCAUCGUCAAGCUCGUGGAGCAGGCGCAGGGGUCGAAGACGCAGAUCGAGGCGCUCGCGGACUACGUCGCGCGGAACUUCGUCGCGGGCGUCGUCGCCGUCGCCGUCGCGGCCUUUGCUCUCUGGUUUUCGCUCGCGGCGACGGAGGCGGUGCCCCGGGACUGGUACGACGACGAGGGGCGCUUCCUCUUCGCCUUCCUCUUCAGCAUCGCCGUGCUGGUCGUCGCGUGCCCCUGCGCCUUGGGGUUGGCGACGCCGACGGCGGUCAUGGUGGGCACGGGCCUCGGCGCGCGCUACGGCGUGCUGAUCAAGGGCGGGCGGCCCCUGGAGGUCGCGCACAAGGUGUCGGCGGUGGUCUUCGACAAGACGGGCACGCUCACGCGGGGCCAGCCGGACGUGUCGUCCGUGGACGUCUUCGCCACCUCGUCCGCGCAAAAGGCGUCGCUCGCGGCUUCGCUCGGCGUCGCGGACGACGGCGACGGCGACGCGCUCGCGGACGCGCUGCUGGACGCCGUCGGCGUCGCCGAGGGCGGCUCGGAGCACCCGCUCGCGUCCGCGCUCGUCGCCACGGCCGCGGAGGCGCGGGGGCGGCGGGGCUGGCGGGGCCCGCGGUUCCGCGUCGUCGCCUUCGACGCGCUCGUCGGCCGGGGCGUCUCCGCGGCGCUGCGGCGCGCGGACGACGCCGCGGCGCCGGAGCUCGUGCUCCACGUGGGCACGCGGGACCUCGUCGCCGCGGCCGGCGGCGGCCGCGGCGCUCUCGGGCCCGAGCGCGACGCGCGCGCCAAGGCCCUCGAGGCCGACGGCGCGACGGUCGUCUUCGUCCACGCGGCCGUCGGCGGCCGGCGCCUCGUCGCCGACGACUUCAGGGCGACGGCGAAGAAGCCGCCGCCGGCGGGGUCGGGGGACGUCGUGGGCAUGAUCGGCGUCGCCGACAUUAUCAGGGACGAGGCCGCGCGCGUCGUCUCGCAUUUGCAGUCGAACCUGGGCAUCGAGGUCUGGAUGCUCACGGGCGACAACGAGCGCACGGCCCAGGCCAUCGCGCGCCAGUGCGGCAUCUCGCGCGUGCUCGCCAAGGUGCGGCCGGACGACAAGGCGCGGAACGUGACGUCGCUCAUGGACCAGGGCCACGUCGUCGCCAUGGUCGGCGACGGCGUCAACGACUCGCCGGCGCUCGCCGCGGCCGAUCUAGGCGUGGCCAUCGGCGCGGGCGCGCAGAUCGCCGUCGAGACCGCGGACGUCGUGUUGAUCCGGAGCGUGCUCGACGACGUCGCGACGGCCAUCGAGGUGAGCCGCGCGACUUUCGGGCGCAUCAAGGCGAACCUCUUCUUCUCGCUCGCCUUCAACGGGUUGGGCAUCCCCAUCGCCGCGGGGGCGCUCUACCCGUUCCUCGAGGUGCGGCUCCCGCCGGAGGUCGCGGCGCUCGCCAUGGUGCUCUCGUCCGUGUCCGUCGUCGCGUCGUCGCUGUCGCUGCGGUCCUACAAGCCGCCGUCGGCGUCGCCGCGCGCCGGCGACGGCGACCCGACGCUCUGCUCCUGCGCCGUGCGCUGCUGCUCCGCGCGCGCCGUCGAGCAGGAAGAUGUGGCAAGAGCGGCCUCAACCGCCGAUGACGAUGCUGCGCACGUCCUGCGCAUCGGCGGCAUGACCUGCGGCCACUGCGUCGGCGCCGUGACGUCGGCGCUCGAGGGCGUCGCCGGCGUCGCCCGCGCCGACGUCGACCUCGAGCGCGGGCUCGCGACCGUCGCGGCGGCGCCCGGCGCGUCGCUGGCGCUGGCGGACCUCGUCGACGCCGUCGAGGCGUCGGGCUUCGACGCGAGCGACGCCGCGGGCGGCGGCGGCGCGGCGACGACGCAGACGCUCGCCGUCGAGGGCAUGUCGUGCGGCCAGUGCGAGACGUGGGUCCGCGAGGCGCUCGAGGCCGUCGACGGCGUCGAGGCCGUCGACGUGUCGGUGCAGGACGGCACGGCGGCCGUCGCCGGCGCCGCGGACCCGGCCGCGCUCGCCGGGGCCGCGGCGGUGAUGACGCGCGCCUUGGCCGUGAGCGUGCGCUCGCCCAUGGUCGAGACCGUCACCGUGGGGUCCGCCUGGGACGCGACGGCGACGCUCUCCUGGAGCACGUAG